GUGCGUUUACCGAUCAGCAACGAACACCAUCAUGAAGACCGUCGUUUUUCUGUGUCUGGUUGCCUUUGCCCUGUCUGCGGCCGAUCAAAAUGCCAGGAUUGUGAAUUAUCAGUCCGGAAUUGAAGAGGACGGCUCGUACGCAGCACAGUACGAGACAACCAACGGCAUCAGGGCCCAGGAGGACGGCAUCUCCUACCCCGGCAACAUCCCCGAGUCUGGCAACUACGUGAGGAGCGGCUCGUACUCGUACGAAUGGGAGGGCGUCACCUACACGGUCACCUGGACGGCCGACGAGAACGGCUUCCACCCGGAGGGUGACCACCUGCCCGACUUCAGCCACACCCGUGAACAUAUCGGAGACGUGGAGGAUCACGAAUAGACGCCAGUUGAUUGCAUUGUUGGAAUUAAUAUCUGUAUAUGCCUAUUAGCUACCUGAGACCUGUGUCUUCGUCUUACUCGUUAAUGUAAAGUUAGCUCAAUGUUUACGUGCUUGAUCUGUCAGUAAGGAAUACACUAUGUGACGUCGACUACAGUUAUCUGAAUAUACCUAUAUCAGAAA